AUGUUAAUUAUAACAAUUAUUUACUUUUGGGAACCUUUCCUCAUGGGCGACAUCGAAGUAAAAUCCCAGAUUUUCAAGCGGUGGUGCAUCGGCGAAGAAGACAUCGGUGACAGAGAAGGUCGUCCUAAGAUUCAAAUUUUGAAAAUGGACAUCACACUUCCUAAACUCAAAUACAAGAUGGGGAAGGAACCAAUGAGUGGGUUCAAGGCCAUAUACUAG